UAUGUGUAUACAACAGAAUACAAGUCGACUAUAACACUUCGAUCAGUCGUCAUAAUAGGCACUGUUUUUCUUCCUGGUCUGUACGGUCUGUUGUUAGACAAAACAUGGCCGGUGUGUAUGUGGUGUGUGUUAUUGUUGUUGUCAUUACUGGUUUGCACGGAGGUUUCUCACAUCAUUUCCAUCAUGACACCAACUUUGAAUCAGACGAAGGCGAACAUGUAUACCAUCUCACCAGCUCAGGACACACCAGAAAUAUCAUCAAUCUAGAUGACCACAAAACAAUCAAGGGUACCAGAUGUAAGGAAACAGUUUUGAUUGUUGUAACAUUCGACCCGGAAACAAUAUCAACAUGGAGUGUUGGUGAUGUCGUCCUAGGAAACGCUGUACGGGAAUGUUACAAAGGAAGAAGUGGAACCAAUCAAUUACGGCACGUGCUGGAAAUGACUAUGAAACGAGACGACCGUGUGGAAUUAUCAACUGAACCAUUGGAGUUUUCAAAGCUAUUUGAGGCGUUUGAAGUAAAUCUUCACUACCUUGGACCCCACACUCGGGUCAAGAGGAGAACAUCUGGAAUACCAUCUGCCAUUAUCGGGGCUGUUAACUUCAACACGAACUUUUCAGAAACAGUUCGUUUUAAUCCCGAGAACAGCAUAUUUGGUAUCCAGAAAUUAUCAACACAGAUAUCUCCAACUGUGUUUAACAACGACAGUCUACCACCCGUCACAGAUGAUACCGUGUACCGCGUAGCGUGUGAAUCAUGUUCCGGUGAUAUUUCUACGUCAUAUAGGUUACAGAUAAAAUUAGUCCGGACUCCCGAGAAAAAAGCAGAACUAGCAGUGUUUGUGUCAGAGAUUUCCGGGAUGGUACAAGAUCAGCUGACUCUGUCGGUAAUGUCGACUAGAGCUGUCUCCAGUAACCACAGCGCUAAUAUACUGAACACAGGGCUGUUUGAUCUAGUAAGCAUUCCUCUGGCCAUCCUUCCCGAUUUACCACCGCUGAACCUGACAGUGCGGGCUCAACUGAAAACGUCAGUCGACGUCUUUAUGGUUGCCACUGGGGCAAUGGAGGCUAAAAUCAAUCUUAAUGAACGUGGACAGUUCAAUGUGUUACACUUUCUGGGAUCGGAAAACAACUUAGGUGUAAACGCAACAUUUACGGACUGGAAGUAUACUAGGAGGGACACAAACAGUCUGGAGACGGAGGAAACGGUAAACGUCACAGCCACAGUAACCAAUCAGCUACAAUUUACUCCAAUGAUGGCCUGGUCGGAGAAAGACGUAUUUUGGAGUUUCGACUCCCCAACGACAUACAGCAAAGCAACACAGAUGAAUACUUUUUCCAAUGUUGAUAAUGAGGCGUUAUGUUCCUAUGUGAUGGCUGAAUCAACAGGAAGACUAGAAUUAAAGAAGUUGACUGCUGAUGUUACAGCUUUUGGCUUUCCCUUGUGCUGCGGAGAUAUUGGUAUGACUCCAAGCGGAACAAACCAAACUCUUUCCACAACGAAUGUCACAAAGAGUUGUAAAGCCUAUUGCUCUAAAACAGAAGCUCCAGAACUAUAUGAAAGUCUUGAAGAAGCCUGUGGAGAGCCAAGCAAUCCGAUCAUCGACAAAAAGGACGGCCUUAAACAUCUGGACGAGUUAUUUGGGGACCUCAUCGUGUUUCCGUCUGAAGAGUCCAUCCAAUCUGCCUGGUGUGGUAAUGAAUCCACACCGUGCCCCGACUGCAGUAAUGGUGACGCCACCAGUAUUUGUGCUGACAGGCUGGUAUCAAGAGAUAUGCACAUCUCCCUGACAAAGCUUGCUCUGUUAGUACAAGCGGAAUGGCCACUACGAAAAUUGAUGGUAGACGAAGGAUGGGACGAACCAACAGAACGAUUUCCCGACAGGCAACAUGGAAACACGUCGCUCUUCUACGAGGGUCGUGCAGCAACUAUAGGCGUCACUCAAGAACUCGACUUAGCCAGAUCCGUUGAUGAAGAUAUUAACCGGAGAUUAUAUCAGCUGGCAAAAUGUGCAGGGUUACGCAUGCGUGACGGCCAAUCAGAUGAGUUUCGGGAAGUAUGUGUUGGAGAACAGACUGACCAUUUUCGGCGUAAGAGAUCGCUAAGGUCACGCAGAUCGACAGGACUUAGUCUCGAUUCAAACUGCAAAGAAUCCAUCUGGCCCUGCAUUGAUUUAUUUCAAAGUAUUUUGACAGCCAUCAGUUUUGAUCCAUCUAAGGUGUCAUCUCAACUAGGAGGUCUAGAUUUAUUCCAAGCCGGUGAUAAAGAAUAUCCGUCGGGCAGAAGUGUAGUUGACGUUUGUGGUGAUAUAGACGAGACCUACUCCCGAUAUAAUAUCAAACAAAUGCAAAGGCUACUCCAGUAUCCAUAUAAUGAUAUCGAGUUCCCUGCCGAAGGCUCCAGUGAACAAAUGUGUGGGUCAGUAACCAGACGCUGUGUCCAAGAUACCGCGUAUAGCUUCUCCACUGAUCCAUUACGAUGGCUAAGCAGUAGGAUGAUGAUACCGAGACUUGCCUUAAGACUUUACACUUUCUUCCUUUACCUAACGGAAGCCAAUAUCAUCGAUCCGUGCUGUGAUUCAUUCAAAUAUUGUAAAGGAGUCUGCAUACAUGAGGACAUGGUGUGUGAAGGUAGCACACGGAGAAAACGACAGACAAGUGAAAACAUGGAACGAGGUACCAGGACAAAACGAUCAACUUCAACAUCAGACGAAAUUCUGUCUAAAUUCCAGAAUAAUGGGAGGGCUAUACAGGUGGACCUCUCAGAUAUCAACGUUACGAUGGAGUAUGCCGCAAGUUUGGCUGUCCUGGCGGGAUUCGAUUUCGUUGCUAUUCGCGAAUCAUGCUUGGACUUAUUCGUCCGAAAUCAGGCUGGAGUCAAGGCGAGCAUUACACCCUUUCCUUUUGCGAAUCUGAUUGACGUUAACCAUCCUACGAACAGUGGAGAUGAAUACGUUCUCACUGACGAAAUACUUCCACUGUAUGACGGAUACAGGGCUGAACGGAAAUUGUCAGACUGCUAUAAAAUAUCUGACAUUAGAAAUCAAGGACAUCACAACCGAUAUUUUAGGUUUGAUACAUUGCUGCUUGAGUGUCUAGAAGAAGCAAGCUAUGAAUAUGGAUCCUGUAUUCCAGUAGUGAAAGGAUCAGCCUACAGGACGAAAUCUAUCAACAAUAUUAACAUAGAGGAGAGACAUGCUGAAGAGCUAAAUAACUUUAUUCGCGGGAAGGCGGUAGAAAUCAUGCCUACCAACACCAAAACAGACGAUCCUCUGUACGAACUAGGACUAACGGUUAUAAGAACAUGUACUGCCAACCUGCGGUUUAAACAGAUCAAAAUUGGCAUAGGAAGUCACUCCGACCGCCUGUAUUUGGACAUCCGGGAAAGUGAAGGGCCGAGGGAUCUCAUGUCCCUGUGGGAUGUUGACAAUCCCCAGUUGUUCAACAAGAUGAAACAGGUGCAAGACGACCUGUUUGCUGGUGGACCUCUGAUCAGACCGACAAACGUUGAGCGAGCUUGUAAGAAUCCACCACUAGGCCAGUCACUGUAUUAUAUAAGACAACCAGCAAGCCUAUUUAAUGUAUGCAUAUUCAAAAAUCAAGACUUUUGUGAGGACACCGUGGAAGCAAGAGAGAAAGCAGUACAAGCGUUGCUAAAAAACCUCGUCAGUGUGGUUGGUUCUGGAUAUUUUUCAGAAUCCGCUAUAAGAGGACCGGCCGAACAAUGCUUCGUCACUCAUUGUGGAGGAUGCCUAGGACGAGGUAAUAUAUGGACGGAGAAAACAAAGAGCUGUAUGUCAUUUAUUAAGACAUUCCUGUCUGCAUUGUCCCGUCCAUUUGGCGGGAGUCUCCAUGACAACGCCGCUUUCUUUAAUAUGGAUUCGCGUGCAUCAACCGUGAGAACUGUUGCGUGUGGUGUUGGUAACCUUUGUCUCCCGGACGUUCAGUUUUAUUCCAUACUAUUGACGACUUUAGAGGGAAUCUACCAACCAAACAGCGAUAAUGAUGUAGAAGAGGCGCUGUACGGACCAUCAGACAAUCCACUUCCAGUUCUCGAUCUUUUAGAACAGGAAAUGGCGAUGUCUGCAAGUGGCGUCGUAAAGAUUUACUUAGAAUCAAAGGAUGACCUUAAUGCCCUCUAUCCUAUCAUAAAGAUAUUGAUGACCUACAAUCGUAACGUAAAUGAAGUGGAAUUCCACCUUACGACUGGAAUAUCUCACACAUGGGUUAUCUCCUCUUUGAAGAAUAAGAUACAGAGAUGGUCUACUUCCGUCUGUCCUUCUCGCAGCAGGAUUGCGGUUGCACCAUACAAACUAAUUGACAUACCGGAACAACGACGUAAAAGAUCUGUUGGCGAAACUCCAAAAAUCUUUCGUUCGAAUCUCCGCGAUGCCGAACUUGCAUGGUUGAUGCGCAAUUAAAAAAUACAUUGUUGCUUGAAUCUAAUCAGUAUUGAAUGCCAGAUAUAUUAUCAUGAAGGCGAUUUACUAGCAAUGAAGGAAAAUUAUCUUACCUUAUCAAUGGAGUACAUCUCAAUUAAUUGAUUCAUAUGAUCAUGGUUUUAUUUUUUUUCUGUAAUUAAUCUCACCCAAUAUGUAGUAUAGUCGUACCGGUCAUACAAAUGUAGUAAAUCAUCGUUACAUUGCUACUUUUAGUUCGGCGAUAUUUUAGCAUUGCAAACACAUUUCGUGAUAAUCGAUAUCGACACUAGUUAAUACAGGAAUGGUUCAGAAAAAAAGCUGUAUUGAAAUAUCUUUGUUUCAGACGACAAAUAAAUCAAGCUAAACGAAAACGAUAUUUUCACUUGCUGAACAUUUGCACUAUUUCUGUUAUUGAUAUAUUUUACAAAAUGCUAAACAAAUGUUAUUAUAGACAAGCAAAUAAAAGCUAAAAUAUGAGCAUAAUAGUUUUUAACAAUAUUGCACAUCUAAAUACCACCGAGUUGAAAACACUUAAGCCUCACUGAUAGUGAAUGAUAAUCUGGUAAAAGAUGAUAGACAUGCUAAACAUAAAAUAGUUUCAUUGGAAAGACGCUCAAAUUGUGAAAAAAAUGCAAACGAACUGAUAAUCGCAACCGAAAUGGAAAGUAUUUUUGAAAUGUCAUUUGGUUGAAACACUUUGUCGCAAGUUGUUCGUCAUUGGCAGUAGUACAGUACUUUUGCUACCAAUGUAACUUUUCUAAUUCAUUAGUUAUCAUCCGGACCUUCCAAAUAUUUUUGCCUUGUACCUAUAUUCUAUAUAAUCUAUGUUUAUCUGUACCGAGAUAUGUUUCAAGAUAUUGUAAUGAGACUAAUCAAUCUUGUUCUCAAGCUUAUGCUUAUUUCUUUGUGGUGACCACCAAUUAGGAAUGGCACUCAAACUCUUUACUUGUCAAUGCUUUGUUAUCUAAAUACCUUCCCGAGGCAAUAACAUCAUUUAUUGUUAUAUCAGUAAAAGUUCACUUUUAACAAAAAUGACCAUGCUUUAUUUAACUGCUGUAAUGUCACCUUUUAUGUUAUUAACCUUAAUUACAUAAUUGUCUAUGUAUCAAUAUUGACAAUGGACUGAUCUAUAUUAUACAUUUAUACCGGAGACCCGAAAGACACUUGGAUUCACAACCAGCAAAUGGACAACAUGUACACUACCGCUUACCACGUGUGAUCAAAACUCCAUCAUUGAACUUGCUUACGUUGCAAAAUUGGUUCGCCAGCUAAAUACAUUGUAUUUAUUGGAGUACUAAUACAUGUGGACUCAAUAAUCCUAUUAAUUUGUAAAGCUGUAUAUAUUAUAACUUGAAAAUACAGAUGUACAUGUAUUUAGAGAAAAAUAUAACAAAAUAUUGCAAACUGA